GUUUUCUUAAGAAUAAAGUAUUUAUUAGGUACACAUAAAUUUUUUAAUAAUGACAGAAGUAUCAUUUUUAAAUAAAAUAUAUGCAGAAAAGCCAGAAAAACAAGAUGUUAAUGAAAUAAGUUUAUACCUGAAGAAAGAAAAUGGAAAAACAGUUGAACAUGAAAUCAAGAAUUUAAAAUUUAUAAAGAAAACUUUUUCUGAUGCAAAACAUGAAAUUGCAGAGUUAAUUAUGCGUAUAACAUCAUUUGAUAGUUUAGUUAUUGAUUGGUUAGAAGAACAAUUGCUUCCAAAGAAUGUUUUGGUCUAUUUACUUGAAAACAUAGUUCCAAUAUUGGUAUUGGGUCUCCAAAAAUUACUCAUAGAAGCUGAGAAGUUUGAUUUCAAGGAAAAUAAGGAAUUUAAUCCAAUCAAUUUUCUUGCACAAUAUCUGAUGAGAAACAAAUUACAUUUGAAGAAAAAUGCAGAAACUUCUCCAUAUGCAAAAAGUAUUCAAAAAAUAUUAAGCAAGUUUAAUGUAAAAAAUGUGCAUAAGUUUGAGGGUGAAAACGAAAAAGGUUUUACAAAAAGCAUAGAGGAGAUAUUUAUACAAUGGUCUGGUCAGAGAAAUGCACUUAUAAAGUUAUCUCUGGUUAACAGUAUACAACGUUCAUUUCAAGAACAUUUAUUAAAUAAAAGUCAAAAUAAGGAUUGUAUAUUAAAUAUAAAAGAUUGUGGCACAAGCAAUUUUGACGAACGUCUUUUAAAUAUCAAAGAAUUUGUGCAGUACUUAAAUGAUCAAUGGUUUGAAGUGGAUGAAGAAGUAUUCAAUGAAUUUAAAAAUUACUCAUUAAGUUGUUCUUUAUCUUAUGCAACUUUAAUUUCAUUUGAAGAUACAAGAAAUGCUCUAAUCGACUUGUUUAUAUUUUGUGAUAAAGAUCAGGUAAGAUAUCUAAACCGCACAAGAGUUCUCAAUUUACUUGCAAAUUUUUAUGAUCAAUCUGAUGCAACUAUGAAGCAGUUUUUACAAAAUCCAAGAUUAUGGCCUAUUAUUGAAUUUGAGGAGGAGGAUAGUAAUGAAAUAAAUGAUUACCUUUUUAAAGACAUAAGUAAAGCAGGUGCAAUAAUUGACACAAAAUUUGCCAAGCAACAUGUUGGAGUUUUUAAUAAGUUUCAGUUAAGCAAAGAUCAAUUUGUAAAUAUGUUGCUGUUAUUUUUAGCAGAUUCUUCUAGAUUUAUGAUUGAAUCACUUAUUAAAUUCAUUCAAGUGAAAUACAUUCAAACAACUGAAGAAGAAGCCACACAAGAUAUACUAUACACUCAACCAGCAGAUAUUGAAUCUACACAAAAUGUUAAAAACAUUGAAAAGCGUUACAUGCUGCUAAACUAUUUGUUUGAUCUAUGGGAUAGAGAUUCUUCAGGAUUUUUGGAAAUUAACGAAAUUGAAAGUGUGUUAAACAAUUGGCGCAAAGAUGAAAUUCAUGAAUAUCUGUAUUCACAAACAUUUGGGGCAUUCAAUAACGUUUUUUGGAAAAUUUCAAGAAGUGACUUCAAGCAGAUUAUUGAUGAGAUUUGUGCACUUUUCCCAAAUAAAGAUGUUUUUGAUCAACUUAUUAAAUAUCUUAUCAAAAGUGUUCAGAGGUUAUCUGAAGAAGACAAUAAUGAUGGUUUUACAACAAAAAUGUUACAAACUAUUACAUUUAGUGGGAAAACCUCAGGUAUGAUGGUUGACCCUUUAUUUCAGCAAACAAUUCAAGUUGUCCAGCAAUAUGCAAAAUAUUAUGGAAAGAUGAAAAUAAGCGUUUAUGUGGCUAUGUUUGAAGACAAAAUGUUUGAAAAUAUGAAUAAUUUGCAUACCCUUGAUAAGAAAUACAAUACUGAAGAAACUAAUGAUGUUGCAGCAAAAAAAAGUUUCCAUGUUGCACCUAAUGUAUUCACAAGUGCAGAAAAUAAUAACAAGAAAUACUUGCGUUAUGUGGCUACUUGUGUACAUGACAGAGACAUAUUACUUAACAGAGUGCUUCACAGAGGUUUGAAAUGUGUUAGCUUUGAUGCUGUUGACACUGGAAAACCAAUUUAUAUACAGGAAGUUUUAAAUCACGGAGGCGUGUUUCUAUGGAAUCCUAUUCGUGCAUUAGAAAAAUAUGAAGGUUCUUUUAUAUGUUUCCUUUAAAAGACAAAGAACAAAAUGUCAUAGGAAUUCUUGGGAUUGAUACAAUGGCUGAACCUAACGAAACAAAACUUUUUCCUCAAGAAAUAUCUUUUUAUCAGGUAGUUGCAAAGGUUUUAAGUCAAACAUAUCAAGAGUUACAUAUGGUUCAAAGAAAAAUUCAGAUUGCUGAAAAUGCUGUAUUUUGGAUUUUAAAAUCGUGUUCUUGUGUCAAUGAAGUAGUUAUUUACCUUGUGGAACCUG